UCAGCUCACAAGUGCGCGAAGUUUGAAAAACCGAUGUGGCAUCAGUGAUUGUAUCAGAGAUAUUGUAGUAAAUAUGGUGUAUGCAAUUAAAAUAACCGGGAAUUCCUUCUUAAGUGACGACACAAAUGGUUCACAAACAAGUGCACAAGACAAUCAAAGCAACAACGGAGGGUUUUCCAACGUAUUCGCCAACGAUUCAAGAACGGUUGGAAACUUGAACUCCAGCACUAGUCCUUCAAGUCAUCGUGCCUCGGGGAUAUUUUAUGGAAACUUUAUUUAUCUCCCAUGGCUCAAUCAAAGCAGUUCUAGCUGGUCAAAUAUAAGUAUUCCUGAACCUGUGCGCCAAGUUGUUGCCCCAAAAGACCUGCAUUUGGUCAGUAACAACAAACAUGGUUUGGGUACCCAGCACCAGUCACAGCCUUCUUCACAUCUAUCUUAUGAAGUGGUGCUGAAAAGGAACCAGAACGAGCUGAGGACUGGAAGCUGGACGCCCUUGACUGAGCCUUUCAGUAGUCACUUGCAGUUUGACCAGAUUUCAAACAGGGGGUCCGAUGCUGAAAAAAUUGAAGACAUAUCAGAGCCAGAGGAUAUGUGUCACAAGGAAAAAAGGGUUCAGAACAAGACACCAAGAAAACCUAUGAAACCUCAGAGGAGUGCUGAAAGGACUAACCCAGAUUUCAGAGGAAUAACGUUCAGUCUGAAAACAGAGUUUAAAGAAGGCUUGGUCCAACUCAAAAUAGACUCCGAUUUCAGCCCAUGCAAAACAAAUCGUAGGAAAUUAAGGCCCAAAGCUGAGGUGUUUUCUUUCCACCAUAACAGCAGUGGAAGCCGUGAGUCAGCUACAGAUUCCGAAUCUGAUGAACCUCGGGGCAAAUAUACCAGAAUUCCAUACCAGUGUUAUACACAUCACUCUGGUAAACAGUGUGCUUCCUGCAACACGAGGAAAACUCCACUGUGGAGAGAUGCAGAAGAUGGAACACCCCUUUGUAAUGCAUGUGGUAUAAGAUACAAAAAGUACAGAUUGCGUUGCAGUUUCUGUUGGCACAUCCCUCGUAAAGGAAGUAAGGCUUACCCACGCUGUGCUCGGUGUGGAGAGAUGCUGCGUUUAAAUGUGAUGAAAAAGCUGUUCUAAGCACUGCUGUUUUAGCAAGUAUUGGUGCACUGAUUCUUAAAGAGGAACCAUCAUAAAUAAUAUGUCUUAUGUAAUCUUGUCUUAAAAUUUAGGAUAACUUUAAAAGAGAUGAGCUGCAUUUUACAUUUUAUGUGGUUUUAAGGAAACGUUUAAUGAGAGGGUGGUAUGUGUGAAGAGGUCUUGGUGGAUUCCUUUCAACCUAAAAAAUGGUACAUCACAAGGUUUAAUGAGACGUACUCCAUUAAAUUUCAAUUAUUGCCCAAAAUUAUAUACCAAAUUCUAUUUGUUUGUUUGUUUGUUUGUAUAUCCAUGUCGUUUUGAGGAUGUUUGUGUAAAAUGCUGCCAGAAAAAAAGGCAAAUUGAGAUUCGUAUUUAGUGCAAAGUUAAGCUACAUGUUACAAAUUGGAAGAUAUUUUUUGAUAAUGACAUUUUUGAUAUUUGUGAAAAAGAUGUUAUUUAACAUUAAUUAUAAAUCUUGAUAGAAGUAUGCUGGCAUACUAGUAUGUGAAAUAAUCUUACUUUGGCCUUUUAAAUCUGCAAAAAGGAGAGGACUCCUGAACUAUGGUAGCUAGAUUUUUUAAA